UCAAAACUAACAAGAUGUCAGCUGGAAUUGUGUUUAUUAAAAAGCCAAAAAUUAAUCUACGUGUACCUCAAACACCAUUCUAUGCAUUAAAAUCAAGGAUAGAAUGCCUGUCUAAAUCAAAAAGCUUUCUUCCAACAACUAGUCAGACUUUCCAGCGUCUCUAUAAAAGUUUAGAGGCAUCCAAAGAAAUACAUGAGCGCAGUAUUGAUAUUAUCCAACAAAAGAUGAGGAAUGUAAACGUAAUGUUCACUGACGAUGAGCAACAGAUUAAAGAACAGUUAUGCCAACCAGGAGGAAGCAGCAUCCCUUUUGUAGUCAGCUUAGGAGGAGAUGGACACUUCUUGUCAACGAGUAAAUAUAUCCAGGAUAAAAAUAUCCCUAUCGUGGGGAUCAAUACAGAUCCAGAAAGAUCUGGAGGCUUUUUGUGUGGGUAUAAAAUUUAUAGCAAACAAGAUGCCCAAGAGACAGAGAUACUUAACAAGCCAAUUGAUCAUCUAGUAAGCUGCUUAGAAGACAUAAGCAAUGCCAAGUUCUCAUACAGAACUAGAACUAGGAUAGAUGUUAAAAGACUUCCCUAUGAGACUGAAGACGCAGUAGAAAAACUAAAAGUUGUAGAUUCAUGUUUAAGUUUGAAUGAGAUGGUUAUGGAAGAAUCAUUUGGAGCUAAAACAUGCACUUAUGAAUUGACUACAGAUGAACAGAACCUCGGGAUCCUCAAAUCUUCAGGUUUGAUAGUGUCAACAGGUUCAGGAUCAACAGGAUUACUUUUAUCUGCAAGAAGGCCUAGAAUCUCCGAACUUUGUGGGACAAAUGAAAUCAUCUCAAAUAACAAAAGCCAAUGUGCAACAGUCCAUUCUUUAAGAAAUAUCCAUGAAAGUCUUCAAUUUUCAUCUGAGGAGAAGAAAUUUUAUUAUUUGAAUAGAGAGCUAUGAAGAAAUCCAUUCGACCUUAAAAUCUAUGAGAGUGCAACUUUAAUGUCUCUCUCACAGCAGGAAGAAGGCUUCUGAUCCGAAAAACUUCAAGUGACAAAUCUAAACAUGGAUGGAAAUAUCCUAGUGGAUGGAAACAAAGUAAUAAAGUUAGAAUAUGGAGAUCAAGUUGAAGUUUCAAUUGGAACUCCGUUGAAAUGUAUUGUGUAG